UAGGGCCAGUCUCCGUGGCCUCUGGCCGCGCCUUGCCAGGGGACCAGGAUAACCUACGUGCUUUCCGCGGGAAGACCCACCACCUCCCUUGACCUUUACCUCGCUGCCUAAAUUCCGAGGCCAAGGGGAAAAGCCAGUUAUUUUUAGAAGCAGCUGAUUGAUUGCCUUUGAGGGUAGUAUAGGAGUCCAACCGAUCUUCUCCGAUAAUACGGAAGGAAAAUUACCAGCAUCGAGUGGACGUACUAACAGGGAUCAUACCUUGAGCGCUUGUGUGCAAAGUUAUCUUUGGAGGCUAAAACGGCCCAUUUAUGCAGCUCCAAAGCAUUCCCUUCUGGAGUGUCAACGGAAUAGUGAUGUGUCAGGCACUUUGAUGUGGCCCUGAGAACUAAGCGCAUGUUUUGGGGGUCCAUCUUCUGGCAUCAUUUCUAAAUAGUACUAAUUGGAACAGAGAUCCUGGAAAAUCUAAUUAGAUUGAAGACCAUCUUAUUUUUUGAUUAAAUAGUAUAACCCAACUAGUAGUGGUUGCAAUUUAUAACAAGUCACUGUUACUGAAAGAAAACAGCUUACUUGUGAAUACUUAGAUAUGGAAUUCUGCUUGGACUCAGUACAAUAAGUACAAUAUUAGCACAGAAUGAUUUUCACUAAGAUGUAAUCUAGAUUCUAACAAAUGAUUUUUCAGCAACAAUUCAAACAUAUUCAAAACGUUUUCAAUUCUCAUUUAACCAAGAGCUAUGAAAAACAUGCUUAUUGUUAAUUAAAAUGCAAAACCACCCACAACUACUUCGAAGACCUUUACCUCCAAAAUUCCCUAAGCUGCCUUUAAGUAAGAAGAAAGUCCAUACAGCCAAGACUGGUAAAACUGAGCCAAAACAUGUGAAGUUCAUUCAAGAUGAAACCACUUCAGUUGAAAGAAAGAAAACUAGUUUUCCUGAUGUUGUUUCAAGAAAUCAACCACAAACCCUUGUCAAAAUCCAAAAUCUUUUUCUUGAUCAUUAUGUACAAGAAAGAGUGACUACUAAUUCAAUACCCAGAAAAACUUUUAAGAAUGUCUAUUGGCACAUUCCAGAGACUGCUACUGGUUCCAUAUUUUUUCCAACCUGUCAAUCAGCCUCAAGUCGAGUUUUUGGGAAAGAAACAAGACAAAUGAAAAGGUCAAGAAAAUCAAAAGACAGAGCAUCAAAAAUAAAAAAUUUUUAUUUUGGUGACAUGUUCAAAGACAUUCUGUUUCUCUCCUCAGAGUUCUCCAGACUUCCAAGUACCACUUCCCUAGCUAUUCCUCCCAAACCCGAGGAAGUUCACUCUGAGUAUCUACCUUUAUCUACCUAUAGUUUUAGGCAAUCUCUGAUAGGUCCACACGCAACAAUGCCAAGCCCUGUUCCAGGAUUUAGGCGUGCUAAAGCAGAAAGACGAUGGGCUAAACAUUUAAAACAAAAUACUGCCAUGGUACUAAGUAUUACUCAUUUUCCAGGCUUCAUGUCCAUACCAACACCAGUUUUGCCAAGAAAACCUCGAAGACAGUCUUUGUUAGAAACUCAUAUAACAGAAUCCGAAAAUGUAGAAAGUACUCCAAGGCAAAGCAUGCCAAACCUGCCUGAAGGUAUCAUUAAAUCUAGAAAACCAGAGGAAUCACAGGCACAUCUCAUUCGUGGUGGAGGUCUUAAGACUAUUAAUGCAACACGAUAUGAAACAAUAAUAGCCGUGACCAACCUUGCCAUAGUAAACUGUCAAAUAUAUGGAAGAAAUGCACUUAAUCUUAAGGGCUUUUUUAUCACGAAAUGUCCAGACUUAAUGAUUUUGGCUUCCCAAUUGAUAUAUCUUAACUUAUCCUUUAAUGACAUCAGUUACUUUCCCACAGAAAUACUUUGUCUUAAAAAUUUACAAAUACUAUUACUGAGAAAUAAUCCUAUCAAAGAAAUCUCUUCUGAAAUUCAACAACUUAAGCUCCUUAGAGUUUUCAGCAUUGCCUUUAAUUUGAUUACUACUCUUCCACCUGGGUUAUUUUUUUUGUCCCAUCUUGAGGAACUUGAUAUUUCUUACAAUAGUAUUGUUUCCAUUCCAAAUGAAAUCCAGAAACUCAGAUUACUUGAAAAACUGAAUGUUGAUGGGAAUGAACUGAUGACUUUUCCAUCUGCAAUUUUGAAGCUUAACCUGAAAAAAAUCCUGUUUGAGAAUACUUUCACGCAUCCUGCUUUUUGGAAAGAGAAUUCUUUGAAUAGCCCACCGUCUCUUACUCAGAUUACUUCUUUUUUCUUUUUAAAAAAUAAUCUACAUGAAUAUUAUGAUGUGAUCCCAGUGGAAAUUCAAAAGCUACUAAAAUGCGCAUCUAGAUGUGAAUGGUGUCAGGGUCCCAAGUUUGGUGAAGGUUUUCGAGUCAUCCAGUCCUGUGACGUUUUUGGAGCAACACACCUUCCUGUUUUGUUUCUUGUCUGUUCUUCUUCCUGCUAUAGAAAAGUAAAAGAAAGCAGUUUUAUUUCAGAGAGUAUUCCUAGUAAAAAAGUAACUCUAAAUUCUGACUUGGUAAGUCAUGCAAUGAUUUAGGAGUCCCACUUUAAAAGCAAUUAGAGUUUAUGUCUAUAGUAAUGGAUUUCUUCGAGAGUGCAGUUUCUUUCUUCUGUGACUCCUCUUUGUAAUCCCAGCUCCUUAUGAAAGUCUGUGACUGUUAGGGAAUUGUUGCAGAAUGAUUACUUCAGAAGGAUUAGUAAAGGUCUUUGGAUUUCAGCAAAAAUCUAGAAAAUUUCUUUUAGAGCAUGUUUGCUGUAAAAUGAGCAAUGAUGGAAAAUUUUGCAAAAAAGGAUUUAUCUUAAAACUUGCAUUUUGGUGCAUCCAUUCCAAGUGAUGUGAUAGCAUUUCAAAGUCAUCAGUGGGGUUUGUGUCUCAGAUGGGCUCAGAUGGGUUCAAAGUCAAGUUCUCUUUGUGAAUUUCUAUGGAAAUCCAUCCAGUGCCAACUGUCUCAAUUGUGGAUUGUUUUAGGGAAUAAAAGAUUCAUUCCAGUCCUAUAUUUAGUUGUUUGAAUUCAUUACCCAGGCUCUUAGAAAACUGGUACAAUCUCUCAGUUAUCCUGACCUUCAUCUUACAAAGCCUGAUUCCAUAGACCAGUGCCAGCAUUCAACGAGCCUUCAAUGAGA